ACAGGAAACUGCAGCUAUCUCUCUGCCUUUGCGGCACCAAUAUUUGAGCUUCACUUGUUUGAGUUAGUUUUUAUAUCCAGUUGGAGUGCUGGACUGAUGAGCUUCCACCAGGAGAAGAUGCUGAACCAAUUAGCCAUCAUCUUGCUGCUCUUGCCGCUGGUGCACAGCGCAGGUCAAGCUACAAAACUGGAAAUCAUUUUAAGUAAGCAAGACUUCCAGGUAGGGGAAGAGAUGUUGCUGGUAUGUAAAGCCACAAAAGAGGGAGACAUGACAUGGCAUAAGGGAGGAGAGGAGAUUGAUGAUGAAGACAUCGUCUCAAAGCUGGACUACACCACCUCCAAGCUGCUCAUCAAGAAAGCCAGCCUGUCUGAUGGGGGCACGUACACCUGCAUGUUUGAGUCUGAAGAUGGGCACAAGGUGGAUGCUCAGUCAGUUAUCUAUGUCUACGAGGGUCCGUCAUUCCAUGGCACCACCACCUACCAUGAGUUUCUGGAGGGAGCAAACGGGGUGGUGCCGUGUCUGGGGACCGGGCAGCCAGCGGUGGACAUUGCGUGGCUUAAAGACGGAGAACUAAUCCCUUCUACACCUGGAGUUCGUGUUCGUAAGAUGUCCGACAACACGCUUCAUAUUGAGAAAGUGAAAAGGAGCGAUGCCGGGACAUACAUCUGCCAGGCCCAGAUCAGAGGGAGAGCAAUCUACAAGCAGCUUCCUGUUUCUGUUGUCGCCAACGCUCCUCCGACUGUGCAUAUCAGAGAAGAAGUGAAGAAAGUGAUUGCUGGGCCUGAAACCAAUGUGUCAUUGCUGUGUUUGGUUGAUGGUCUGCCAAAACCCAACAUCACUUGGACUCUGCCUUUCGAGUUCGAUCCGUCCCGCCACCUCUUCAACUCCGACCGCAGCCAGCUCACCAUCCAGUCCGUCGUCAGGGCCGACUUCGGGGAGUACGUCUGCACGGCCAAAAACAAGAUCGCUGAGAGCAGCGCUACGUUCAUGCUGCAUGUCUUUGAGUCUCCAGAGGUGUUUCUCUCAGAAGAUCAGCACAGUGUGAAUGUGGGUGAGCGUGUCUCUGUGUCCUGUAACGUGACUGGUCACCCGCAGCCUGAGCUGCACUGGAUCAACAAGCAAAACGGAGAAGAACUGGAUACGACUGGUCGUGUCCAGGCAGUGGGUGGCAUGCUGGAGAUUAAGGAAGUGAUGCCCGCUGAUGGCGGACGCUACUCCUGCAUGGCUGUCGGUAUUUCUGGAAAUGCUUCGAGAGAUGUCAUAAUUCAGACCCAGCCCGGGCCGCCACAUUACCUGACGGUCACCCCGGGUCCAAGCUCUGUGCUCUUCACACUCAAAACCUUCCCCAUCAACGGAGGAGCACCGAUCAAAAGUUUUGUUCUGCAGUGGAAAAAAAGUGAAACGAAUAAGUGGGAGGAGUCUAUUGUUGCAGCUUCAGAUAUUUUGGCUAUCACCAACCUCAAGCCGUACACCAAGUAUACAGUUCGUAUGGCAGCCUUAAAUGAUGUGGGACAGGGGCAGUUCUCAGUGGACAACACGGUUCGCACUGAGGGAAAACAAGGUGAACCAGACAGUCCAGCUUUAUCCACAAGUCAGGCAGUAGUGGAGGGAAACUCCUUCUCUGUUCCUCUUCAACAAAUUGAAAACGGUGGCUCUCCUCUGCUGCACUUCAACGUCCAAUACAAACAGGAAACAGAAGAGAGUAAGUGGGAAACACUGCAGCUUCCCUCUGAUGUUAAUUCUGUCAGCCUGAAAGACCUCGCCUUCGGCUCAGACUAUCACCUGGAAGUUAGAGCCAUCAACUCUAAUGGCUCCUCCGUCCCUGCAAUGCUCAACUUCACAAUUGCAGAACAGCCUGUGAGCAGCAAGAUGACCAAAGGCACUGUGGUUGGCAUCGUGAUAUUGAUCUUCCUGCUGGUGUUCCUGGCAGUGGAUGCCACCUGCUGCUACAGAAACCGCUGUGGUCUGCUUAUGGCCGUCGCAGGGAAACUGUCCAGGUGGAAAGACCCAAGCCUCAAAAAGGUCGAGGAAGGAGAGGGGACAACUAACGGCAGAGAUGUAACACUGAAGGGUCUCUCCAAACCCAGAGACAGUAUUCAGCAGUCAGAGGUUCAGACGGUCAGCAAAGAAGCCGGUCAACUCUCAGAGGUCACCUGCGACAAAGUUCCACUCACCAAAAAUGAGAGAUUACACCCCACAGCUAACCUGUGAGGCUUUCUAAACUAAAGAAGAGAAAAACAAAAGUUUGCUACAUGUUGUACAGAGAUCCAGAGCAGAAGUCAGUGGAUCCCAGCUGCUGUGGGAGAAGUCAAGCACUCAGGAGGAAAUGGACGGAUUUGAACUGAUGGUGAUAAAACUGAGCUCAUCCUGCACUACGUGCCGUUAGCCUGGCUGUUAGGCUCAGUUUUUACACUUGUUUGUUCUUUAACAGGGUAAUAAUGACGUCUGUGUUUUACAGGGUAAUAGUUUUGUUACUGUCCAAUCGCUGUAACUGCGUUUGUGAAAGAAAAACAGUAGCAUUUACUUGGCACAACAUACUGUAUGUUCAUUAGUUUCACAGACGGAACUAUCGUUUUGUCGUUGAUAACUUCUUUAUUGCUAACAUCGUGUCGGUGAGUCCAGCAGGAGUCAGCAGAAUGGAUUAAAUACCGUAUUAUUUAACUGUAUGCUACUGAAAAUGAAUGUAAACAAACUCCUGAUAAUAUUUAUUAUUUUCUAAUGUUACAUUUAUAGAAGUUAAUUUGUUUUAUUUGGGUUUAGACAUGUCCAACACCAUCUUUAACUUUCUUGCCUCGAUGUGCUGCUGAGCACUUUUCUAUAAAAACGUCUUAAAGUCAGAAAGUUUGACACUUGUAGUUAAAGAGAACUUCAAAAGUUUUAAUUAGCCACUUACAAAAUGUAUUUUGUUUUCUAUCAAUGCAGCAAUAUUACCAACAAUAGAUCAGCAAAUCAACAGAACAGUGUUUAGCUUUUCUUCUUGUUAAUUAUUCUAAAAGUGUUUUUAUUAUUUUUGUUUUACCACUGUACAUUGUGUAUACAUUUUUUGUGUUUCAUAGACAGCUUGAUGGCCCAUUAUAUGAAUGUUUUCUGCAUGUUUAUUCAAA